AGGAGGAAAAUAAUCGGUGACGAUUUCCUCGUUCGCUUUUUUUGCGUGGCCGCUGGACGCCGCCGCUGUAUUCUGAUGGCUUGCGAGCGGCCAAUCAACGCGCUCCGUGGCACCAGCAGCGGUCCAUCCACAGCCGAGCUCCAGCUGUCAAUCAACCCCGGCUCUGGCGAGUAGGCGGGACGUUCGCUCGACCGUAGUUCCGUCAUCCCGCUCGUCUCCGCGGCUACAAGGGGGGCCAAUGUUGAUUCGGGCGAAUUCCCAUCGUUGCCGGACCCCACCGAGAUUUGCUUUUUAAAAGUUGGGUUUCACUAAAGAGAUUGGCCGGCUUUCGACUGAGCACAUCACACCCCCCUCCCUCGGCGUCGCUGGGUUGUUGUGUUUUUUUCCCUCUAAAUUUUGGGCUGGGGGAGAGGUGGGGAGCCGGGGGGCCUCGCUCGGCGGGGGCUGCGAGGAGGGACAGGAGGAGACUGGAUCCUCCGUGUCCAGGCCAACUGCGACGAGCCCGGCCUGACAGUCCAGCGAAGCCCCAGCGACCGACGCACCUCAGCUCCCCGUGGGUGUCAGCCUCGACGUCGGUCGCCGGUGGUCGGUGACCGCGGAGCGAGCCCGCUUGCACGGCGCCGUGGCACCGCGUCGGCGGCUGUCAGGCUGCUGAAGAUCAAGAGCUCGGAGUCGGCGCUCGGUGCAGCUGGAUUCCGGAGAACACCGUUCGGACCCAAUCGAGCUUAGACCGGCUUGAGGAGGCGGCGGCGGCGGCGGCCAAGAAGCCACGGAUCGCCCGUUGUCGGCUUGUCAUCAUGGGCAACGCGCCCACGGCCAGGAAGGGCAACGAGAUGGAAAGCGUCAAGGAGUUCCUUGCUAAAGCCAAAGAGGAUUUCCUCAAGAAGUGGGAGAGUCCUGCACAGAACAAUUCUGGCCUGGAGCAGUUUGAGAGGUUGAAAACGCUCGGCACGGGCUCGUUUGGCCGCGUUAUGCUGGUGAGACACAAAGAGACGGGACAACAUUACGCCAUGAAGAUCCUCAACAAGCAGAAGGUGGUGAAGCUCAAACAGAUAGAGCACACUCUGAAUGAGAAGAGGAUUCUUCAGGCGGUCAGCUUUCCCUUUCUGGUGCGGUUAGAGUACUCAUUCAAGGACAACACUAACCUCUACAUGGUGAUGGAAUAUGUACCGGGUGGAGAGAUGUUCUCCCAUCUACGGAGAAUUGGCAGAUUUAGUGAGCCCCACGCUCGGUUCUACGCUGCUCAGAUCGUUCUGACCUUUGAAUAUCUUCACGCUCUGGACCUGAUCUACAGAGACCUGAAACCUGAGAACCUGCUCAUAGACCAACAGGGCUACAUUCAGGUGACAGAUUUUGGCUUUGCCAAACGUGUAAAGGGCCGGACCUGGACACUGUGUGGCACCCCAGAAUAUCUGGCCCCAGAAAUUAUUCUCAGCAAGGGGUAUAACAAGGCGGUCGACUGGUGGGCGCUGGGCGUGCUCGUCUAUGAGAUGGCGGCGGGAUACCCACCUUUUUUUGCCGACCAGCCCAUUCAGAUCUAUGAGAAGAUCGUAUCAGGGAAGGUGCGUUUCCCAUCUCACUUCAGUUCAGACCUGAAGGACCUGCUGAGGAAUCUGCUACAGGUUGAUCUCACAAAACGUUACGGGAACCUCAAGAACGGGGUCAACGACAUCAAGGGACACAAGUGGUUUGCAACCACCGACUGGAUUGCCAUCUACCAGAAAAAGGUGGAAGCUCCCUUCGUCCCCAAGUUCAAAGGACCAGGCGACACCAGCAACUUCGACGACUACGAGGAGGAGGAGAUCCGCGUCUCCUUCACUGAGAAAUGUGCCAAGGAGUUUGCUGAGUUCUAGAGUCAAAGAGCGACAGAUGAAGAAAGAGGGGAGUAGGGAGAGUCAAAGGUAGGCUGGUCACGUGGGAGACCUGAGGAGAGAGCACUGUCUCCUGUCCAAUCACAAGCACCAGCUACAAAAAAGGGAGGGGAAAUGGGAUAGAGAAGGGAAAAAAGAACUAGGAGACUGAUAACCAGCAGUGUUGCCUUUUCUGUUGCGUUUUUGUUGUGUUUUAUUUAUGAUUCUGUCUAAUUUAUGGAUCCCUUUAUAAUGGACAUUUGUUUCAGAGUCAUGGGUGUCGGGAACCCCACUUAUUUAGAGUUGCCUCUACACAUUUUCAGCCCCAAGAUUUGCCCUUCUCUUUUAUCGUUUCCUUCAUCUUUAAAUCACUUUUGCGCCACAACAUAGGGAAACCAGUCGGCCUGUUGGAACCUGCAGCAGUCUGUAAGUCACGACAUGAAGCCCAUUGAGUCUUGUACAAGUUGAAGUCUCAGUCUGCACAAAGGUUUCUUAAAUUUAAACUGACCGCUUACUUGCUCUUUCCCCUUUGAGCGGGAGGAGCAUGUAAGUGAACAUUUAAAUGAUGCUCACACGCGUAUGCACUUUCAUCUUGAAUUACUUUAUGUUUUGAAUUUUGGUCUUAAUUUGUACCUUAAAUGUUUAAGCCUGGACGCUCUUGUGUCAUAGACAAUAGACUUUCAGGUCUGUGGCACGAUGAGUCAAAGGAAAAACAGACGGUGAUGGAUCGUGUGCUCAAACUAAUUUCAGUCGGUGACCGAUGACACUUGAAGGUCAAUUCAGUUUACUGUGUAAGUCCGUCUAUGCUUCUUAUCAUUGCUAGCAUAGCCAGGCUUCGUGCAUAUCUACAGCACUCAAUUUUUUACAUCUUAUUAGAAACUAGUGGUUCUAAUGAUGUCAUGUCACGCUAACAAACAAGGGAAUACGGAUAAGGGAACAUCAAGGAAAUAUCUCAGUUUUAAUGGUGUUGCAAAGGAACACGAAACAUAAUGGUAUCUCAGGUUUGAACAUAUCACUUAAUAGACAUUUUAUCAACGUUAAGCGCUAGGAUCAGCAGGUAGCCAGGGCGGGUGAGACACUUGCUUUUCGUAUAUUCAGUAAAGGUCCAGUUCAUUUAGAGGAACACGAGGGAACAUGAGGAGUUGUGGUUUAGCGUCUUCCACCGUUCUCCCCUUCCACAAGAUUCGUUUUUUGCUAACUUUGACAAAUCUGUUUGGUCUUUAAAGCACUUGCUGUCUCUGCUCAGAGCUCACUUACAAGUCGAGUUGAUUGUGCAUGUCGAUUUUUCCACCGUUUGGCCCUUGUCAACUCCAAAUGAAAGAGACCACCUGAGGCGUGACUACCUCAAACUGCUUCUGGCUGGCGGUCACCAGAACUCUUUGGCCAAGUCAUUGGUGGGGGUCUGGAGUGUGUGCGUUGGCGUUAUGGUCUUCUGUAGAAACCUGUGCCCGGCCCUUUCUUCUGUGACUGUCUUAUACGUUACAGCAACUCUAUUCCCAUUUCUGUGUUGAAAACAUGCAUUUUUCAUUUUUCUCCAUGUGUUGGUGAUGAUGUGAAGAGGACCGGUACUCUGUCGAACCAGUCAGGAGAGCGCAGAGCACCUGGAGCCGAACAGAGCUUAGUGUGCUGAGAAGAGACAAAAGCGUUCUCCGUGCACAGUGUACGACUUGACUAUUUAAAGUACACGACACACAGCACGUCAGGAGCCCAGUGUCUCCUCAGCUCCUGAGCUACGUAACCAGUGCCCAGAAAGGGCUCCUUGUAGGAUUUGUCCAUUCAGAAUUGAUAGAAAUAACACCAAGUGACACGAGUGUCAGUCUCAAACAUUGAAAUGCUGUAUUUGAAUGUGCCGCUGUAAUGAGGAUCAUUGAUAAUUAGGCUCAUACAAGGCCCCUCUGUUUUUCCUCUCAUCAUUUCAAACUCUUGAUAUUUUUUAUUUGAUGUGUGUCUUUCCUGUCCAAAAUAAUUCCGAUAGGGGAAAAUAUAACGAGCUUUUUCUCAGACUUACACAUUUGUCAUGUGUAGUCAAAAUGUGUGUGUAUCAUUUGUCAUAUGGAAUGAUUUUUGAAUUGACGUAACAUGAAGCAAUUUGCAUCUGUUCCAGAUUAUAUUUAGGUCUCUGUAGCUCAGUGUCCAUGGCCGAAUGAAUCUGCUUUUGAAGGGGCCCGGGCCCAGAUGAAAACACCACUCCUCCCACUAUCUGUACAGUGUGUAUGUGCAAUUUUGGAAUAUUUAAUGGCCCCAGGUUCACUGAGUAGUGAUUGAUUUAGACUGAGACUAAUUAGUAAUAUGCACCAUGUAUGCACAAUAUGAUCUGAAUUAACGAGGGUCUUAAAGGGCCAAUGCAGUGAUUUCUUAUUGCACUUACCAUAAAAUUCGACGGUUGCGUGUGACACCAGAAUCUCCAAACAUCUUUCAUCAAGGCUCAGGCUCUGAAAAUUCUGGAUUCUCCAUUUACCAUCAUUUGACUCACAUUAACCCUGUUGAAGAUGUGUAGGUUCCCAGGUGAGACAAAUAUUUAUCUUUAUUUUUAUUUAUUUUCAUUUUAGUUUAUUUGACAGGGAUAGAACACAAAUGUUAACGGGCCAAUAUGGGAUGAUUUGUAUCGGUUGUCCCUGACGAGGUGUUAAAAGAGGAAAACAAUUAGAUUAAGGUGAUUAGCCUUAUAAAAUAGUUAUAUACAAAAUUUAGUAAAUAUGCACAGACUAAUAACAAAAUAACGUCAAUAAAUAAGUGUGACACGAGGUAGGAAGUUUAGUAACAGGACAUUUUCCAAGACGGUUCCAUCAAGGUGAACCCGGGGCGAUUAAACAAGUCAACCCAACUACACCAACUACUGAGCACUGAUUCCUCCUCUGUCCUCCCCCUGCUGGGGGGGGGGGGGGGGCAUUUAUCAAUCUGAAGUCCAAACCAUAUCGGCAGAGGGAAGGUGGCAGAAGCUGCAGGGUGGCUACAUAUGCAUGUAGUCAGCUGCUCCCUUAUAGGUUGUUAUGGUUUAUUUUACAAACCACUUUAUUAUUAUUAUCAUCAUUGUUACUAUUAUCAUCAUGACAUUGUAAACCACUUGUUGAGACUUUUUUGGCCGUAUUCCCUCCAUGUCCAGUUCAAUGUCGCCUCUCUCAUCAUGGACAAAAUGUUUGAAGUUAUGAUACAAUAUUAUUCUGUGUCUCCUCUGUGUUUUUGCAGUGAUACAACUUCCUCUCGAUGCAGGCACAAUGCUGGUUCAUACUGUCGCACUUUUUAGGGAAUUGAGACCCCCCUGCCCCACCCCACCCCCCACCCAAUGUAAACCAUGUUAACCCCCCCUCCUCCUCCUCCUAUGACACACACAUACACAUACACACACAAACACACACACUGCAAAGGGAAGCAUCUAAAGUCACGGGAACAGUGACCUAAAAACACGAAGUGUAAUAUUUUGCAACAUGAGUAUCAUUCCAAUAAAGUUUUACUGGUGAAAUUCUA